GUAAUGUAUUUUUAUUUCAUGUGAUGUUAAAAAAGAAUCAGUGUCCUCCUGUUCUCCGUCAGGACCAGUCCUUCAGUCCCACACGUUAUAAAGGUCAUUAUAGGACCGAUGAUGGUGUUGUUAUUAUCGCCUGUUGUGACGGGGGCGGGAUCACGGCCAAGCUUUGCUCUGAUUGGCUGCGAUGCGCUCCACCGUAGCACAUGCUUCCGCUCCGCGGAGGUGCGCAUGCGCAGCGAACCCUCUCCUCUGAUAUUUUAUUUACUCCCGUAGCCCAAGAUGGCUCCUGUGAAUGUCUCAGCCCCGCAGUCAAUCGAGGAUGCAAGUGGCUGCUGAAAAAACAACUUUUCCCCCACCGUCGCAUCCCCUGGAGUUCAAUCCGUAUGCUGCGGAGGAGGCUUUAACGCCCGCCUAGGCCUCGAGCAGCCGUCGGAGCUCCGCGGAACCUUCUUCCAUCCACCAAUUUGGAGUAGUUUCGCGAAGUAGCUCUUCUCGCUGUCCGUCCGGAGCGAGGUCCAGGCAGACAGGCUGCUUAUCCAAAUGGCCGAACCGAGAAAAGUGCAGUUUGUCACCCUCUCGGCCUUCACAGCCGGGGGAGCUGCGGAGUCGCGGAAGCGACGGUUAGAGGAUGGGGCCGAUUUUAACUUCGACAGAGCCGGGGAGCUGGAGGCAACCAGCGGGGCAGGAGACGCCGCCAGCAACGGUCGGCUCGGCAAGACCGGCGACAGGGACACGGCUGCUGCUGCCGCCGAGGGGAGGGCGACGGUUCGGCUCAACCUGCCCUUGUCCGAGCCGGACGAGCGCUCCUCCGCCGAGUUCAACUAUGGCGAACUCAUCCAGAACCUCCAGGUAAAGAGCAGCGUUCCAGCCCACAAGCCCAACGAUCCCUUCAGCGAUGAAGAGGAGGAGCGACUCCAGGUUGAAGCUCUGGCCAAGAAGUUUGAAAAUAAAUAUGGUAACACUGGCAAGAAGAGGAAAGACAGGAUGCAAGAUUUGAUUGACAUCGGCUUUGGUUACGAUGAGACCGAUCCUUUCAUAGACAACUCUGAAGCUUAUGAUGAGCUGGUGCCAGCGUCCCUGAGCACGAAGCUGGGGGGGUUCUACAUCAACACCGGCACGCUGCAGUUCAGAGCCACCUCCGACUCGGAGGGGGAGGAAGACGAGAAGGGCAAAAACGAGCAGGAGCAGGUUCUAAAGAGGAGGAAGAAGAAGGAGGGCAACGACCUCGAAGAGAAGAACUUAAAGACGAUCAAAGCCGCCACACCAGGAGUGACGCUUCUCGACCUCCACCGGCCGGAGAAGAAGAAGAAGAAGAAACUGAUGAAGGACUCCCUCUACUUGGCCUCCAUGCUCCGCCGCUUCACCCGAGAGAAGGAGGAGCUGAGGAGGAGGAACUCCAGCGCGCCGAACGCGCCUCCGGGAAUUAACAGGACUCCCUCCGGCAACUCCUCCAACCUCCUUCUCGCCUCCAACCCCCCGCAGCCGCAGGGCAACGCGGCGGCCAACGACCUCUCGCUGGCAGAGCUCGCCACGGACCCGGCUGUGAUGUCACUGCUGGGCUCGGCCAAUGAGAAGGAGCUGCAGGAUCUUCUGAGCGACUUGGACUUCAGCCUGUUGGAGACUGACCAGCAGCACGUCAUGGUGUCUGCCAGAGAGAAUGGCAUCCUGGGAGUUGGAGUUCCUUCCCAAAAAGGAGUGGGAGGUGGCCCCGGGCGAGGCCCCGGAUCCUCCAGCGGGCUGUUUCCCCCCCCUCCGCUUCCCGAAGGCCUGCCCGCCCCCCUAAUAAAACGCAUUGAGGACCUGAGAACAGCCUCGCGGCAGUUUGACCAGGAGGGCAGGAAGAAGUUCUUCACGCUGGACAUGAACGACAUUCUCCUGGACAUUGAGCUGCAGGUCCAGGAGCAGCCUCCUGAGGUGCGCUCGCUCAUCUACUCGCACAUGGAGGCGUUUGUGCCGUGCAACAAGGAGGCCCUGCUCAAGCGGCUGAAGAAGCUCAGCCUCAACAUCCAGGACGACCGCCUGCGGACGCCUCUGCUGAAGCUGAAGCUGGCCGUGUGCAGCGUGAUGCCGGAGCAGAUAGCCACAUUCAACACGGACUGCAUGGCCAAGGCUGCAAAGCAGCAGUCAGAAGAGGGGGAUAAAAACGGCUCGGAGGAGGAAGACGACGAGAAACCUGGCAAACGGGUGAUCGGUCCUCGGAAGAAGUUUAUCUGGGAUGACAGGCUCAGGAAUCUACUGUGCAGUUUAGUGCGCGUGAAGCUGAGCUGCUAUGAGAUGGAGAAGCAGUGCUCUCUGUCGGUGGAGGACUACCUCAAGGCCUUUCUGGAGAACGAGGUCAAACCACUGUGGCCCAAGGGCUGGAUGCAGGCCAGGAUCCUCUUCAAGGAGAGCCUCCCCGUUCACCAUCACCUCACCGGGAACCUGGUCAGACGGAGAAUGAUGCCCGCCGCCAAGGCCAAAACCAAGGAGUGUCUUUGGAUCCACAAACCUCCUCUGGCCGUGACCUCCACUCCUUCGCUGCUCACUUCCACGUCCGCUCAGAGCUCCGCCCGCCUGCCCUCCUCCUGCUCGCCCUCGGAGCCCAUCUGUCUGUCGGACUCUCUGGACGAGGAUCUGACCGCCCCGUCCCUGGACUCCAUCUCCCACGCCUUGGCCCUCCUCAGCAAUGCGUCCAGGGGCCUGGGCCUCGCGGACAGCCCCCUGUCGCCUCCUCCGCUGCAGAUCCCCACCUCCUCUCCUCCCCCCGUCGCUCCUCACUACCCCUCUGCCUUGGCCGCCCCCUCCACGCCGCAGCAUUCCCUCGCCAAGGCGGAGUCGGCGACCCCGGGAGCCGUGCCUGCUGGGAAGGUCCCGCCCGCGACACUCGCAAACCCCUCCUCUACCUCCGCGACUCCUGUCGCCUCCUCUGCGGCGCGGGUGUCGCUGCCCCCCAGGACUGCAGACGGUCAUUUCAUGCAGGUUAAAGGACUGAACGCUUUGGGUCAGAGCCAGACGCACAGACUGGUUACCAUGGCGACCUCCAAUCACAGGCCGAACUCUGUGAUGACGAAGAUGAACGCACGCCCCUCCCCUUCGUCACCAAAGCUGCAGUCUUCCUCAGCGUCCCCCCUGCUGCCCCCCCAUCAGAAGGUUUUCACCAGCCCCGGCGGGAUUCUGGGAUCUCUGGCGACCGCUCCGGGGCUUUCCAAGGGCGGCGCCAAACCCGGCGGCGCGAGCAGCAACGGCGCCGCCGUGAACUGCAUCGUCACCCCUUCCUCCUCCCCCUCCUCCCUGCCUCGGCCCGCCUCUACCUCCCACCACGGCCUGCAGUCCUUCUGCCCGUCCUCCGCUGUGAGCUCCUCCCCCUCCCUGCUCCCUCAGAGCUCGCACCCCCCCCAAAGUAAAGCCCAAACGCAACCCCCCCACCACCACCACCAGCCCAACUUCAUCACCCCCAUGCAGGCCACCCUCACCAAGUCCUCCCACAGCAGCAACUCCUCCCCCAUCAUCAAACUCACCCCCCGUCCUCCUGCCCCCACGCCGCCCCCCUCAUCCUCGCCGUCCCCAUCCUCCUCGCCCUCCCACCAGCUCCCCCAUCAGAUGCUCCCCAGCCAGCAGCAGCACCCCCCCUACUCUCUGAAGACCCCCAAAACCUUCCGGCCCCCCUUCAGCGUUUCGGGCUGCGGGCAGGUGAAGCAAACGCAGGGCGGAGUCUUCACCAGCGCCCAGAAACCGCCGUCCUCCACGAGCAGCAAAGCCCCCCCGCCGCCGGCAGCCUGCAGCCUUCCGGACAGAAAACCGGCGUGCCCCUCGCCUUCAGCCUCAGCUGGUCAGAGGCAGCGGGCGGCGGUGGCGGCGGCAGGCGGACAGGCCUCGAAGGCGGGAAAUGGGUGGGCGUCUUCAGGAACUUCUGCCACGUCUUCCACAACGUCCCACCUGUCGCAGGUCCCUCCCGCUGGCUCCGCCCUCCUGGGAAACCACUCCGCUCUGCCGCUGGGCUUUGGGAUGUUGGGAGGUCUGGUCCCCGUGUCGCUCCCCUUUCAGUUCCCCUCGCUGAUCAACUUCAGCUCCGCCGGCGCUCCAGGAUCGGCUGGCAUGGCUUCAGCCCCCAGCUCCAACUCAGGAUACCCGCUAGCACAGAGCGACCUCAUGGAUCUGUUCAAGAGUCUCCAGUCGGGGUCGCAGGCUGCUCUACCUCCUCACUUGCAGCUUGCUUUCUCAGACGCCAACCAAAGCCAGGGUGGAGAAGUGAAGAGAAAGAGCCGCUGACCUGCCGUGGUACGAAGGGGGAGGGGCCUCCACUGCCUCCGUCAAACGGACCUGAAGGAUCUCAUCCGUUUGGACGCUUUACCAGAAGGAGUUUGGGUUUGAGAGAGGAGUGAAUGUGUGGAAUCUUCUGUCAACAUGUUUACAUACGACCGACCGUGAUCACUGUGGAACGAGUGUGAGCGAGCGAGCGAGCCAGCGGGCGAGCAGCAGACGAGCCGUAGGCCCGACCCGACCCAGUUUGUGUCAAAGAUCCUGUGAAGUAUCGGGACUGGCGACGUUUCUGUGUAGGGUGUCUCUCCGGCCGUGGGAAUCGUCGUGUCGGUAGAAGAAGUUUGGCGUCCUCGUCUCCCACAAGUGACUGUUAAGUUUUAGCUUAAGUUAAAACGGAUAAAUUAUUUGUGGUUCACGUGUGAGAGGAAAGGCUGACGAUGAAUGUGUGUGCGUGCAGAAAUGGGACAGACGCUCACGUUGAGACCAUUUCCUCUGUGAGCCGGUGAGGCCACGCCUCCCGUUCGGCCCCGCCUCCUGUUCGGCCCACAGACGACAUGGUCCCAACGUGAGCGGGUGAGGCCACGCCUCCCAUUUGGACGUGUUUUUUGGUGCUCUUGAAUCUCACUGGACCUUUUUGUGGAUGAAGAAAGACUUGAAGAUGUUUCUGGUUCCUCCUGGGUGGAGGAGCGUGAGGGAGCAACAACCAGACUGUAGCCUACUUGAAUUAUUUUAUUUUUUUUUGCUUACUGAUAACUUAACGACAAAAACGCCUUAGUUUGUAUUGAACAAGUAUGAACCCGAUCUAUGCAGGCCUGAAAAAGCUCCGUUUGCUUUUGGACCUCAGCUUGUCAGAGCAUUUCUGCAGAUGUUUGAAUGAUUGAUGACUUUUUUUUUUUUUUCUCGGGCGAGUCUUCAGGCAGAAGCUGAAGUUCCCUCCGAUCCUCUUCAGAUGUAGCAACAGUUCUGGCCGGUUCUUCAGAGGUUUGAAGGACUUCCAGGUCCAGUUCUGAGCUGGACUCCAGCUUUUUAGUUCUCCAAAAACAGAAAAAGAUGAAUCCUAAUUUGUAAAAUUUGAAUGCAACGGCAGUAAAACUGUUUUAUGAAGGAGGGGAGCACAUUUACAGGAGCUGAUGACGUUUAUGACAUGCUUUAGUCAAAAACCUGAAGGACUGAAGCUGCCUUUACUGAACAGAUGGUUAGUCGUCGAUUUGCAGCAGCGUGUACAUGGGCGGCGCCGCCUGUAGGUGCAGCGCCGCCUGUAACCUUUGUGCUAUCCUAUGCACUUUACCAUUGGGAGUUGGGUCAUCUAGACCCACUAUUUACUAAUUUGUGAUCUUCAUUGGUGUCCAUGGAUUACA